UUUAGGUCUCACAUUUGUCAGAACUCUCGAAGGCGAAGGGACGAUACACUGAGCAGCAGGUAGAGUGACGGGAGAGAGGAGAGCAGAGGGGAAGUGAAAGGUGGCUUGUGUGGUGGCAUGCUCGGAUGGACUAGUCCACAUCGGAUGGGACAUAAUUGGAAUAUUUCACUAGGAAACUUGAAGCUCUUAGCCAGAGACGGGCGUGUGUGUGAGUUUGAGAGUAUCUGCUGGGCGAGGGACCGAUGUCAGAGGUCUCUCUGGCAUGACGGAGAACUCGUGCGAGGCCCUGUGCCGCUCGCUGGUGGCCAACAACGGCCUCCAGUCUGAAAGCACGGACAUCUCGCAGUCGGUCCUCUACACCUCGCUCAUGGGUCUGCUGCUGGUGGCCGACAAGAAGACAGAAAUUCCUCUGGGAAGUGGGCAAGUUGGGUUGCGCAACGUGGGAAACACAUGUUUUCUAAAUGCAGUGGUUCAGUGUCUGUCUCAUACACACGGUCUCCGAGAUUACUGCCUCACCAAGUCCUAUCUCCAGGACAGGCACUCAAGCAAGCAAGAGCCUGUACUCAUGAAUGCGUUCACUCAGGUGCUGUCUGGGCUGUGGGAUGUUGAGGGCCGGGACGCAGUAGUGAAUCCCAGCAGGUUUUACAGCGCCUUUAAAGAAGCGGUGCCUUACUUCAGUGGCUACAGUCAGCAAGAUGCUCAGGAGUUCCUGCGGUUUCUGCUGGACAGGCUACACACUGAGAUAAACCGCCGGCCCACCAAACGUCCACCAAACAACACACAGGAACCUAAACACAAAAUCUUCAGACUGGCUGAACAGGCCACCGUCAUGUGGAAGAAAAACCUUGAGAGGGAUGACAGUAGAAUUGUUGACCUCUUCUCAGGUCAGCUGCGUAGCUCCCUGCAUUGCUCCAUCUGUUCCCAUUACUCCAACACAUUUGAUGUGUUCUGUGACCUGUCUCUCCCUCUCCCAAAGAGGGGCGGAGACAGAGUGUCACUCAAGGAAUGCCUCGACCUCUUCUCACAAGAGGAAAAGCUUGACGAGGAAAAUGCACCGAUGUGUGAGAGGUGUUGUCGUCGAACAGAAAGCACCAAAAGACUGACCAUUCAGAGGUUCCCCAAAGUCCUUGUCAUACAUCUGAACCGGUUUACCAUGUCGAGGUACUCCAUCAGCAAAAGCACAGUGCGUGUGUCUUUUCCCAUAACUAACCUGGACCUGGGGCCAUAUGGGCCUGUGGACUGUGGGCCAGUGCUAUAUAACCUGUAUGCAGUCUGCUAUCACUCUGGCAUGGUGAACAUGGGCCACUACACUGCCUGUUGUCGAGAUGAGGAUGGAUGGUGGUACUACAAUGAUUCCAGUGUGCAGCAAGUCCCGGAGACCCAGCUCCAGUCGGGUCAGGCCUAUGUUUUGUUCUACCAGUUAGACAGCAGCAUCAUGAGAAAAUAAGAUGGGGGAAAUACUUUUCUUCAUUUUUGGGACAUGGACGACUACUUGAGAAAGAUUUGCCACUUAAAGCUAAAAUAUGCUCAACCUGCUUCCCGCUGUCACACCAUCUCCGGUACACAGCCCGUGUUCCUCAUAUUUGACUGACAUCCUAGAGGCCAAAUCUUUGAUUCUGCAUUUUUCUUAGCUUCAUUUAAUUCUGCCCAGGAUUUUCAGUGACACUUUCUUCCCUCUAAACUUCAGUGACACCACGUCUGAAAAUGCUUUUGAACACUUUUGAAAUCUUACAUACUGUUGGCAAUCCUUCAUGCAACUACUUGUUUUUUUUUUCACAUGGCGGUCAGUGUCAUGUGUGCUGCUUGAAGAUGCAGUAGGUGGCAGCACCUUUUAUGUGAUGCAUGUCCUAUGAAGGGUGCCAUCUUGCAUAUAAUAUCAAUGUAUUUUAACAAGCAUAUUCUAAAUGGUCUCCCUUGCAGGCGUAGGACAGUGUAUAUUAUUAUAUAUUUUCAAAUUGUUCAUACAUUGUAUUCUUAUUUUUCUACUUAUGUACAUUUUUAAUUUACCAAUGACUCUCUUAUACUGGUAUUUUGGUAGAGUUGAACAGUGGACACUAUUUUCAGGCUCAUCUCUGCUCCACCAGUUUUUUUGGACAUGGUCAAAAUAUAUUGUUUUCAUUUUUAUAUCUGUACAGAGACUAACGACAUAAAGCACUAUAGUUCAUGAAAGUUGGUUUGGUUUAUUUACAGCAUUUGGGUUUCAUCAGAUUUCAUUGAUGAUGUGAAAGUCUUAAAUAUAGGAAAUGUUUGAUAUAAUAUCUAUAUAAUCAACGAAACAGUAUGUCCAUGUGUGUAGUCUAAAUGUAAUUUUGAAAGUGUAAAACCUUCAUAUCCAUGAUAAUAAAAAUGAACUUGAAAAUUCUAA